AUGGGAAAGUUACACAGCUAUGUUGCAGUACUUGCUGUGGCAUUUGUAAUAGUGAUAGGAGCAGCAGAAUGCAGAAAAAUAAAAGAAAAUGAGUUUGUUGACAAUUUUGGAGGUGGCUUAGGUGGUGGCGGAGGUGGCGGCUUAGGUUUAGGAAUUGGAGGUGGACACGGUGGUGGAUUAGGAGGAGGAAUUGGUGGUGGUGGCGGUGGUGCUGGUGGCGGCUUUGGAGGUGGAAAAGGUGGUGGUAUAGGAGGAGGAAUCGGAGGUGGGCACGGUGGUGGAGGAGGCAUUGGAGGAGGUGCUGGUGGUGGUUUUGGAGGUGGAAAAGGUGGUGGCGUGGGAGGAGGAGUUGGUGGUGGAGGAGGUGCAGGAGGAGGCAUUGGAGGAGGUGCAGGUGGAGGUGCUGGUGGUGGUUUUGGAGGUGGAAAAGGUGGUGGCGUGGGAGGAGGAGUUGGUGGUGGAGGAGGUGCAGGAGGAGGCAUUGGAGGAGGUGCAGGUGGAGGUGCUGGUGGUGGUUUUGGAGGUGGAAAAGGUGGUGGCGUGGGAGGAGGAGCUGGUGGUGGAGGAGGUGCAGGAGGAGGCAUUGGAGGAGGUGCAGGUGGAGGUGCUGGUGGUGGUUUUGGAGGUGGAAAAGGUGGUGGUGUGGGAGGAGGAGUUGGUGGUGGAGGAGGGGCAGGAGGAGGCGUUGGAGGUGGUGCAGGUGGAGGAGCUGGGGGUGGUUUUGGAGGUGGAAAAGGUGGUGGAGGAGGGGUAGGUGGAGGCAUUGGAGGUGGUGCAGGUGGAGGAGCUGGGGGUGGUGUAGGAGGAGGAGCAGGUGGAGGAGCUGGAGGUGGUGCAGGUGGAGGAGCUGGAGGUGGUCUAGGAGGAGGAGCAGGUGGAGGAGCUGGGGGUGGUCUAGGAGGAGGAGCAGGCGGAGGAGUUGGAGGUGGUGCAGGUGGAGGAGCUGGCGGUGGUAUAGGAGGAGGAGCAGGCGGAGGUCUAGGCGGAGGAGCUGGCGGUGGUCUAGGAGGAGGGGCAGGCGGAGGAGCUGGAGGUGGUGCAGGUGGAGGAGCUGGAGGUGGUCUAGGAGGAGGAGCAGGUGGAGGUGCUGGUGGUGGUUUUGGAGGUGGAAAAGGUGGUGGUGUAGGAGGAGGAGUUGGUGGAGGUGCCGGUGGAGGCGCGGGAGGAGGCUUUGGAGGUGGUGCUGGCGGUGGCAUUGGAGGUGGUGCUGGCGGUGGUGCCGGUGGUGGCUUUGGAGGUGGGGCUGGUGGUGGCGGCGGUGGUUUCGGUGGUGGUGGUGGCUUUUGA